GGACGGUGUUAUGAAAAGAUUUUUUUCUCAUCACGUAUGUUUGGUUUUAUACAUAUUUUUUGUUAAAUUAACACACAAAAAACGACUUUUUUUUGUCUAAACCCUUUGAAUAUGAUUUAGUAACAAAGAAUAAGUAUAUUAUUGUAUAUUUAUCAUUCUUACAACUUUCACAUAGAUGAAAAAAAAUGUCUUUUCUUGGAAAUAAGGACUUAACAUUUUUUUGCCUCAAAACAUCCUUCGAGUUAGACUUAACUGAAGCUUUUCUUUUUAAUGCUUGGAUUCCCAGCUGCUGGAGAUCCCUCCUCAAAUCACCCAUCCAUCCAAGCCAAGGUCUGUCUUUGAACCGUUUUCCUGUAGGGUUUUCUGAUGCACUCCACUGUCAUUUGGCAUUCUUUUCAAUUGUCAUGCCCAAUCAAACUUUUAACUAAUGUCUGAACAAAAGAUAUAUUUAUCAAUGUCAAAAUAAAGACCAAUUAUCAAUAAAAAUUAAAUUUUAAAAAAAUGAAGUCCAUUAAAAAAUAUUGGAAUAUGGCAACAUUGAGUGCUUUUAAAUGUGUACUAUUAUGGGACCAAAAGCCAACAGAACAUACGAUUUAAUAAUUAACAUUACUCUAUUUUGGCGUAAAUAAGACGCAUCUUAUACAAAGGUGUACAUACCCCGCAUCCAGGUUGAGUCCUAUAUAUUGGUAAAUAAAUUGCUCAGUGCGGCAGAUGGCUAGGCCGUGUGCGUCUUACGUAUUUUAGUUUACACAAAUCGUUUAAACCCAUGUCUUAUAUACGGGUUCCUUUAUAAUUAGGUGCUUCUUAUAUAAGGGGGCUUUUUAUAAUUAGGUGCUUCUUAUAUACGGGUUCCUUUAUAAUUAGGUUCUUCUUAUAUAAGGGGGCCUUUUAUAAUUAGGUGCUUCUUAUAUACGGGUUCCUUUAUAAUUAGGUGCUUCUUAUAUAAGGGGGCCUUUUAUAAUUAGGUGCUUCUUAUAUAAGGGGGCCUUUUAUAAUUAGGUGCUUCUUAUAUAAGGGGGCCUUUUAUAAUUAGGUGCGUCCUUUAAACGGGUGCCUUUAAAAUUAGGUGGGUCUUAUAUGCGCGAAAAAACGAUGAGUAGGUACAGUUGGAUGAUGAGGUAAAUUUAUUUUAAGGUUGUCCAAUUAAAACCGCUUUGCCUAAUAAGAAAGUUAUAUAGCUCAAUUUAAAAUACCUUUUCGACCCACAAAAACAAAACAGAAAAGGCUAUUAUUAGUUUAACAUGCACUGAUAUUUUUUAUGGGUUUAGAAAUGUUUACAAAGUUUACCUCAGAUGCAACAAUUUCCUGUUCAUCUUUUGCGAUUCUAAGAAAAAAAUAUUUGAACAGCGUACACUCAUCUGGAACAUUCUCGAAUCAUGCAAACAAAUUUUAAAUUCCGAUUUCAUUGUCUUAUAAGGACAAUCAUGGACACGUUAAAAAACGAAAGAGACAUUGAAAUGAUAUUUAAAUGAUAUUAAUUUUUUAAUCAAAUAAUUGAACUUAGAAUUAGAUAGAAAUUCAAGAAACUUACAAAAUAUCAAAUGAUCCGGCCAGGAAAGUAUAGAAACCUAACAAAAAUUUAUCUUAACUUUUAGAUAACCAGUGAUUUGAUCGUGAUUUGUUGUUCUGUUUGAAACAAUAAAGAACUUUCUGCAGAAUUCUAGAAUAAUUCUUAAAAUCUUUCAAUUACUUGUGAAAUAACUCUUGUAUGUAAUCAUUAAUUUGAUACUAAUUAUUCUAAGGCAAAUUCCCAUAACUCUAGGUCUUCUUAUUAAUUUAAAAUAAGGGCGACUUUGGGGACCCGUUUCAUAAGGUAACAUUUCAAUGAUAAACAUUAAGGAUCCGCCCAUGGUCCCAUGAUCAGUAAUGAACUGGAAUUAAUGUUACUCAUUACAAGUUGUCUAUAUCAAAUCAAAAUGAGUAGGUCGCAUCGGACGUGUCUGAGAGAGGACACGCACAAGAAAUAAGUACGCCAGCAUCUCGUGUUAGUCCCGGGGUGGUCACUAGCCGUGCACGAUAGGCCAAACAAGAGUUCAGGGCCCCGAACACAGCGCUGUGCUAUUUCAAUUUUGCUGGGAGUGAGUGUGCGUUUAACAGAAUAGCCUUGGAUUUACGCAUAGCCACCAGAUAGACACUCGGAGCUGUGUGUAACCUUAAUACUAGAAAGUGGCAAUUUGAUAUAACACGAAAAAUGCGGGUGCAUAAAUCAGAGACUGUCAGCGGUGAGAAGUAAUCGCCUGUACAAAGCAUCAGCAUAACGAGCCUACUUACAGCUAUUUCGUUCAUGCCUCGUCCAUACAAAUGGAACAAAAUACUUGUGUUGAAAAAAUUUGAAUAUUCAUGUUUCAGGAAAAAACUCCACAGUUGUCACAAACCAUUUCCUCCAAAACUGUUAAAUGCGUUGUGGUAUCAAAGAACUUCAACUUUAAUCUUUCUUCUGCUUUCUUAAACCCACAAUCCUUCUCUGUCUUUCUGUUAACUACGAGACAUAAUGCAAUUG